GAAAACCCCAAAAAAAAUCACUGUAUUAUUCGGCGAUUUCUCUUUGUCAGGUUGACUCUCAAUAGUAGGGUUUCGGGAGGACUGUAAGCAAGGAGGAAGCUCAGCUUGCCGGUUUCCAUGGCUGACGAAGACUACAACGACGUCGAUGAUUUCGGGUAUGAGGAUGAGCCGGCGGAGCCUGAAUUAGAUGAGGGAAUAGAAGAAGAUGUGGAUAACAAGGAUAACGAUGAUGUUCCUCCUGGCGAGCCUCUUGAAACAGAUAAUAAGGCAGAACAAGAGCAAGUGGCACGUUCACGUAAAACAUCAAAGUACAUGACCAAGUAUGAACGCGCUCGGAUCCUUGGAACACGUGCUCUACAGAUAAGCAUGAAUGCUCCAGUCAUGGUCGAAUUGGAGGGCGAGUCUGAUCCACUCGAGAUUGCAAUGAAGGAGCUGCGGGAGCGUAAGAUACCCUUCACGAUUAGGCGUUAUCUGCCCGACGGAAGCUAUGAGGAAUGGGGAGUGGAUGAACUGAUCGUGGAGGACUCGUGGAAGCGUCAAGUCGGCGGGGAUUGAAUAUUUGAUGUAUUGCCUUAUUUCGUCGUGAAGAAAUCUUGUAAAACUAAAGAUUAUUUCGACACGUGAAUCAAUGCCGAGUUGAGUUAUUUGGAGGAAACAGA